AUGUCCUCGGACAACACCUGGCAACAAACAGUAUCGGCAGCCACGGUGCUUGCGAGCGACAGGCCCUCCUCCUCGAGCUCAAACCCAGCCCUCGCCUUGGGUGACUACACGCUGUGCGAGCUUCUCGGCGAGGGCGCCUUUGCAAAAGUCCAUCUGGGCGUCCACAAGAUCACUGGCGAACGCGUCGCCGUGAAGGUCAUGUCGAACAAGCACUUGCAAGAAGCGCGCAAGGAGAUCGGUGUGCACAGCAUGCUCAAGCAUCGCCACAUCAUCUCGUUCAAGCACAUCUACAGCUCACUCACCUCCAUAUAUCUCGUCUUGGAAUAUGCUGCUGGCGGCGAGCUGUUUCACUUGAUUGAUCCCGAAGUUGGCAUUUCUGCCGCCAGUGCCAAGUUUACCUUCCAUCAAAUCCUGCUUGGCAUCGAGUAUCUCCACUCGAUGGGGGUGGUUCAUCGAGACAUUAAGCCAGAAAACAUCUUUUUAGAUGGCGUUGGCAAUGUUAAAAUUGGCGACUUUGGGCUUGCCACGCUCUUCCGCCACGACGGCACAGAGCGGGUCCUCACGACACGCUGUGGGUCUCCACCCUACAUUCCGCCCGAGGUCGCUGCAGGGGUGCCCUAUCGAGGGCCUCCCGCUGAUGUCUGGUCUUGUGGUGUCGUGCUGGUCGCGCUUCUCGUUGGAGCCCUGCCAUGGAGCGAGCCGACGCUUGCUUGCCCACAUUUUGUUAACUGGUACAACGGCAUCACGACCGUGGGAGUGUGGACUCGACUGCCGACCGACGUCAUCUCGUUGAUUCAAUCCAUUCUGUGCAUCGAUCCCUUGAAACGAAUCACCGUCGCAGCCAUCAAACAGCACCCGUGGUACACGCAAGUGACGCCCGUUUCACGUCAGGCCACCGACGACAUGUUUUCUCAGCGUUUCGACGCCGUUGCUGCUCUCGAUCUGGACUUGGACGACAGCUUGGAUUUGCCGUCGUCAGACCCAUCGCAGGGCUCUUUCUCUGCCAGUCACAAGAAGCGGCCCUCCCACUUUGGCAGCCAGCCUGUGCGGAAGCCCGAGCAACUCUCGCAGCAGGUGCCCCAUCGCCCGCUGUUCAGCCCUCCUGGUCCCGCCUCGCCAGCAGCGCACAUCCACAAGCGCGAACGUACAGACGUGGCUUCCACAAAUCCCGAGACCCGAACUGUGGCGUGGGACCAUUCCACCCACCUGGCAUAUUCUCGCGAUGACUUGGACUUGGGCAGUGCGGAAGUCAACUCCAAAGCAUGGGCUCUGAUUGGUGACAGCGACCCUGGCGAUGGGCCCAACAAUUCGCAACCGUCAGAUUCGACUCCAGGCUAUGGCACGCAGGGCACCCAGGCUUCCCUCAUUUCCCGCAAAACCACUCGCUAUCUGGCAAAGGCGUCGCUCAACGACCUGCUGACCGAAAUCCAAACCGUAUUGCCCAAGCUGUCUCUCAAGCGACACAACACUCAAAAGCAUCAGGUGAUUUUGGAAAAGAUGCAUCGAGACGAGCCACUACGCAUCGUGGUUCGUUUAAUGCCAAUGACCAAUCGCACAGUACUGAUCGACUUUGCUCGUCUCACGGGAGACGGAUUUGAGUUUAUGCGAUGUGUCAAGCUCCUUCACGGCGCGAUCAAACACUUCUUGGUUCCAGAUCUCUAACAAAGAGCUUUUUUGCGAUUGUUUUUUUUUUCUCGUUGAUGAAUGCCACUGUGUAUUUGCUCAUAUAAACCCCCGUUCUCAACGGCACA